AUGGCGUUCAAACGAGUGCUGUUUAGCAAAAAUGUGUUCGUUCUCCUGUUUGGCAUUUUCACCAGGACCAGUGCUGAUGGCAAUAUCGCUGCUUUGAAGACUGCUGAGCAAAGUAGUGACUAUUUUGACUAUAAAUGGCUGGCAGGAGCAGCUGUGGACGGAUGUGAAACUACAAAUAUAGAGUCUAAUUGUUGUACACACACGAUGACAGAUGGAAGUCCUAAGACUGCUUGGUGGCGUGUCGAUCUUGGACAAAUGAGCAGCAUCAAUACUAUACAAAUAAUCUAUAGAAAUGAGAUUACAAAGGAUAAGGAGAGAACAGCAGGUUACCAGUUAUAUAUAUCCAAUUUUACGGAUUCCCCUACACACGGUGUCCUCUGUUACGAGGAGAGGAGUAUUACUAAAGACACCGUGCAACUGAAAAUAACACACCGGUGCCCGUAUGUAGGUCGGUAUAUUACUGUUUACAACUACAGAAACAAUCCGAAACGGUACGAAUGGUAUGCUGAUGACGCAAUACUAUCAUUGUGUGAGGUAAAAGCGUCUGGAUGUCCAGUUGGCUUUCACGGUGACGGUGACUGUAGUCAAGCGUGCCCAGAUAGCUGUUACGGGGGGAACUGUCACUCAAACACGGGCUUUUGCUUCCAGUGUAUUCUUGGGAAGUAUGGCGAUACAUGUGGUCAAGACUGUUCUGUAAACUGUAAGGACAGGUUGUGUGCUAAGGACACCGGGUACUGUACAGAUUGCAUUAACGGAAAGUACGGUGAUACAUGUGGCCAAGACUGUUCUGUAAACUGUAAGGACAGGUUGUGUGCUAAGGACACCGGGUACUGUACAGAUUGCAUUAACGGAAAGUACGGUGAUACAUGUGGCCAAGACUGUUCUGUAAACUGUAAGGACAGGUUGUGUGCUAAGGACACCGGGUACUGUACAGAUUGCAUUAACGGAAAGUACGGUGAUACAUGUGGCCAAGACUGUUCUGUAAACUGUAAGGACAGGUUGUGUGCUAAGGACACCGGGUACUGUACAGAUUGCAUUAACGGGAAGUACGGCGAUACAUGUCCUGAGGACUGUUCUGUAAACUGUAAGGACAGGUUGUGUGCCAAGGACACUGGGUUCUGUACAGAAUGCGUUCCUGGAAAAUACGGCAAUGGAUGUGAACACAACUGCUCCGUAAACUGUAACGAUAUAUUGUGCGAAAAAGAAACCGCAUACUGCAUUGAUUGUGUUCCUGGACGGUAUGGCAGUAUAUGUAAUCAGAAAUGUUCUGACAACUGUAAAGAUAGGUUCUGUGACAAGGUCACUGGAAAUUGUACAGAAUGUACCAAUGGAAAACACGGGGAUGCGUGUGACAUUGACUGCCCGAAGAAUUGUAAAGACAAUGUUUGUAUCCGCAAGACGGGACAUUGUUAUGAUUGCAUUAUCGGAAAGUAUGAUGCGACAUGUGCCUUAACGUGCCCCGUGACUUGUAAAAAUUUCGUUUGUGAUCAACAAACUGGACAAUGUUUAGAAUGUUAUGCGGGAAAGUAUGGAUUUGUGUGUGGUGCAGAUUGUCUGGACACUUGCACUGACAGUACGUGUAACAAAGACGACGGUCAUUGUAUCAGCACUGCCGAUCAUAAGCUAAUCAUAAUAGCUGUUCAAGCCGUCAUUAUUGGUUUACUGAUUGCUGCGUUCAUCACAACGGUAAUAUGUCUACUUCGAAUAAUCCAAAAUAGAAAAAAGUCAUCAGGUAACGACAAAGAAUCAUCCGUUCCGGAUCCAAAUUAUACGUCUCUUUCGAAUGAACAGGAAGGAGCGCCACACGUCUAUGAAAUGAUCGUCAAAUAAUCGGGCUGUCACAUUCCCACAAC